GAACAAGUGAAGAUGUAAGCGCCAAAAUUUUCGUUGAGGUCGAAAAACAUCACGUUUGUUCCCCAUCUUCCGCAACAACUGCUGCGCCGUCGCCGCGCGAUGACCUAACAAUACAGGGCGACAGCAGUUCUGCAGCAUCAACUACCUCUAGCUCAACAUCUCUUCUCAACACGUCUGUCG